GAAAUGGCCUCAUAUCAAAGGGAAGUUGCUGCUCUUGGUCGACCUUUCACCCUCGGAAUGCUCUAUGAUGCUCAAAGAGAUACACUGAUCAAAGGUUUGACAUUGUGGGAUGAUAAAGCUUUACAAGAAAAGAAGACUCACAGUUUUAAACCCAGCAGUGAUUUUGUCAUUGCUGAAUCUGACUCCAUUGAAUCCAAGUCCUUUCUGCUGGAGGUUGAUGCUUCUCUUAAAGCCAGCUUCCUCUCUGGACUGAUUGAAGUGGAAGGAUCUGCCUAUUACCUGAAAGAUCAGAAAGAAUUCAAGAAUCAGAGCAGAGUGACUGGUCAAUACAAAUCUACAACCCACUUGGAACAGUUGUCAAUGACUGACCUGAUGACCUUAGAAGACCAUCAAAGAGACGUUAUCAUGAAGAGCUCUGCAACACACAUAGUCACAGGCAUCCUUUAUGGGGCGAAUGCUUUCUUUGUGUUUGACAGUGAAAAGUUGGAAGCCAGCAAGGUUGGAGAAAUCGGGUGUAGCAUGAAAGCUAUGGUAACAAAGAUCCCCUCGUUAAGUCAAAUUGAUAACCAGGAAGGCCUCAAUUUGACUCAAGAAGAAAAAGCUUUGAGUGCUACAAUUUCCUGCAAAUUCUUUGGAGACUUCACUCUUAAAAGCAUUCCUUUAACAUAUGAAGAUGCAGUGAAGACAUUUGGUCAACUUCCACAGUUACUGGGGGAAAAUGGAGAGAAAGCUGUCCCAGUGAAGGUCUGGCUGAUGCCACUGACUACUUUAUAUCCAGAAGCUGCUAAGAUGAUGCGUGAGAUUGACGAUGGACUGGUGGGGAAGAUACAGCAUACUCUUGAAGAUUUGAAGGAAAUCCAAAUGAGAAGCAACGAAUCUCUAAAAGACACAGUGGUACAGAACUUUCCCCAUAUUAAAGACGAGUUAGACACUUUCCAGAAGUUGUGCCACCUCUAUACAUCAAACCUCAAGCGCACCAUGAAGGAGAAACUCCCCUUCAUCUGUGAAGGUAAAGAAGAUGAGAGCUCAUUAAAAAAAACCUUUGAAAAGAGAGACAAGUCCCCAUUCAGUCAAGACAAACUAACCAAGUGGCUGAAUGAUAAGGAGAAAGAAAUCAACGUCAUCAGAUCCUGUGUAGAGACCAUGGAGGGAACAAAGAUCGUCAAAAAUCAGUCCGAGCUCGACAGAGAGGUUCUUGCUGGAGAUGUAGACAAUACUUUGUGCUUUGUUUUCACCUCCACCAAACCGGGCGACACUUACCUUGAUGAGAUGGCCACAUAUUUGGACUUUCCUAGAUUGGGGAGUACCACUGAAGACGAGUGGUUUAACUCAGAUGAAGUCUUGACCUCUAUGAGAAAAAAAGCCAAUGCUUUCAAAGACUUAAGCAAAGCACUGAAGAACAACCGGACUCGUUUCCUUAUUGCAGUCAUUCCAAAUAAGGAAUCAAAAGGAGCAACUAUCUACCAUUACAAGAAGGGCAGUCUGGACAGCGAAGAUUUCUCGGUGCCUGACCUUGAUCCUGAGAAGAUCACAGACAGAAGAGAUGUGAUCUUUUAUGCCUGUGAUCUCACCCUGGACCCAAACACUGUCAACAAAUACCUUGUUCUGUCUGAAGGAAACAAGAAGGUAACAAGUGGAUCAAAGCGGCAACCACAUUCACAACACUCAGAGAGGUUUAAAGCACACAGUCAAGUGUUGUGUAAAGAGGGUUUAUCUGGCCGCCAUUACUGGGAGGUAGAGUGGGAUAAUGCCUCGUUCAGAAAACGUAUUUAUGUAGCUGUAGCAUACAAGAACAUUGAUAGAAAGGGUAACAGUAGCGAAUUUGGAAAUAAUACCCUAUCGUGGGCUUUUGGCCAGGGAGGUACAAGUAUCUUACCCCUACUUCGUGCAUGGCACAAUGGAAAGGUGUGGGAAUCUCGUCUUCCCUCUGAUGGCUGCUCAACACUCGGUGUGUAUCUGGACUGGCCUGCAGGCACUCUGUCCUUCUACAAAGUCUCCUCUGACACACUGACACACCUCUACACCUUUCACACCAGAUUCAAUGAGCCUGUGUACCCAGGCUUCUGGGUUCACAAUGAAGGCAACUACGCCUACCUGCCUCCUCUUAAAUAG